CUUGGCAGUUGGAUGAUCUCUCUAGUUCACCUUGACGUGUGUGACUUCACGCGCAACUGACGUUUGCAGGACACCUCCUAGAACAGGGAAAAUUGAGAGAAUUCAUUUAUAAUCUCUCAUCGAGAUCAAUUCGUUGACUGAACAUAAUCUUCAGUCAACGCUUCCAUUCUCAAUGUUACUACCGAGUUCAUUUAGCGUCUUUGCGGAGUUUGGAGGGAACCGUUACUUGGAGUGUGAAUGGAAUUUGUUAUUACGGAUUGUUUUUGAAUAUUAAGUGCGAAAUCAGCACCUUAGUUCGUCAGGAGUUGACAGUGGAAGACAUUCACAUAAUGCAAAAGGCAACUCGUUUGAAGCGUGAAGUUGAAAGAAUGAUGGCAAAUCCCCCGGAGGGGAUAUCUUGUUAUCCAAAUAAUGAUAAAAUAGAUAAUUUAUCCGUCAGUAUAUUGGGCCCUCCUGGUAGUCCCUAUGAAGGUGGCUUAUUCCAACUAGAGGUUGAAAUCCCAGAGAGUUAUCCUUUUGAACCACCUAGGCUCAAAUUUCUCACACCUGUCUAUCAUCCAAAUAUAGAUGAGUCUGGCAGAAUAUGCAUGGAUCUCUUAAAAAUGCCUCCCAAUGGAGGCUGGAAAGCAACAAUCAAUAUUGAAAAUCUUUUAACUGCGGUUCAACUGUUACUCCGAUACCCAAACCCAGAUGAUCCACUAAUGGUUGAGAUUGCUGAUUUAUACCGAUUCAAUAAGUCAGAAUUUGAAAAAAAAGCCCGAAAGCAUACUGAAGAUAAUGCCAUGAAAAAGUGAGAAUAUUAGUUGCUGGGUGCAGUGGAGCACGAAUAGAUUAACUAGACUUUUUUCUCAUUACAUAGUCUUUUUUUUUACCUUUUCUUCAUAUUUACUUCUAUGCUGUCUGUUGCUCGUUCCAAUAUAAGCUGGUUUUAUUAUUGGCAUCAACGAAUGAACAUAAGUCUGCUCUAUUAGUCUAAAAGUAAAUUGUAUGAUAGGAUAUAAGUUAUUUUUCACAAGUAAAAAUGAUAAAGGUACCAAAGGAUAAUUCUAAUAGGUUCUUUCUUCGUUACAAACAAACUUCAGGUGAUCUUAAUAUGGCUUUGAACUUUUAUUCAUUAAAUUCCAUUCAUGUAAGAAGCAACUGUAAAAUAUCACUAGUAAGUAAUAUGUAUAAGCACUCCGCGAUAAGCUAAUAUUUUUUUACUAAUUUUAUAAUGUGUUACCAAAGUUAUAGUGAUAAACUUAUAAUCAAAACAUCAUAAUAACAUAUUAACUAUCCAUAAUUGAUAUAAUAAUUGUCAGAUCACAUUAUUUUCAUUUAGUACACGAAUCAAAGCUCAAAAAAGAAGUCUCGUCAAUUAGGUAUGUAUUUUGAACAGGCGCGUAAUACUGGCUCAUCAAAUAGUUUACAGAUUUUUUUUUUUUGUACGAAAUUAUUUCGUAACUCUGUAUUUAAAUGCUCAACAUUCUUUUCUAAAUAUAUAUACAAUGACCACUAAAACCGACACAUUCUAUGCACGUAAUCGAAGUUAUUGUAAAAAACAGUUCUCUUACCAUAUAACAUGGCAAUAAAGAACAAAUCAUUUUCAAAUCCAGGAGUAAUUUUUAAAUCAUGAAUUCUGUAAGUUCAAAACUCUUUUGUCCAAUGCGACAAAUUCAACAAUAAUUUAAACGUCAACAAGCUUAUUCAAAGUUUAUACAAUGCAGAUCGAGGCACAUAGCAAAAGGCAGUAGGCAGUGAUUUGAACAUCUAAUAUUAAAUACAUUCUAUUGUUAUGAAGUCAUGUAAAAUUAUCAUAUAAAAGCGAUUAUAAUUGCGACAAAUUACCAUCAA